AUGGAUGGAAUUCCCGGAGGCCAAGCUUUAAGAUUUAAGACUUCUGGAUUCGGAACACCCAUGAAGAUGGUCCAAAUAAUACAUCAAGCUUGUAUCAAAACUCUAUUGGCAAUGAGCAUGCAACUCUGCCGUCGCGUGACCUUCUCAGCCCGCAAAAUAUUCUUGAUGGAAAUGGAGGGAAAAGGGAUCUCAACCGGAAUCGGGCCGCCACUUGAUCCUCGCUAUGCCGAGAUUUUGACCUCCAUGAUCACGACACGGUCCCUUCGCAAGAUCUGUCUCCGAGAUUACAAUCCGCUUGUUGACGUGAUAGAACUAUAA